UACAAAGAAGAAAUGUCUGUGUGGAAUCACACAAGUGUCACCAAGUUCACUCUCCUGGGCAUCACAGAUCAGAAGGAGCUACAGCUGCCCCUCUUUGUGUUGUUUCUACUGAUCUACAUUAUCACCUUGGUGGGGAAUCUAGGAAUGAUCUUGUUAAUCAAGACAGAUUCUCGGCUCCACCUUCCUAUGUACUUUUUUCUCAGUAAUCUGGCAUUUAUAGAUGUCAACUAUUCUUCAAGCAUUACACCCAAGAUGUUGGUGUCUCUUUUAACAGAAAGGAAAAGCAUUGGAUUCUCUGCAUGUGCAGCUCAAAUGUUUGUAUUUGUUAUAUGUGGAAGCACUGAAUGCCUUCUUCUGGCUGUGAUGGCCUUUGAUCGGUAUGUGGCUAUUUGUUACCCCCUGCGUUAUUCAGUGAUCAUGUCAGGAAAAACCUGUGUCUGGUUGGUAGCCAUUUCAUAUUUCCUUGGCAUUUUCUAUGCAGUUUUACACACCACACUUACUUUUUCUUUAUCCUUUUGUGGAUCAAAGGUGAUCAAUCAUUACUACUGUGACAUUCCCCCACUCUUAAAGCUUUCUUGCUCUGAUAUUCACACCAAUGAGACAGUAGUAUUUGCACAAGUGAGUAUAAACUGUGUAGGCACUACAGUAACCAUAUUGCUCUCAUAUGCCUGUAUCUUAGUCACCAUUUUAAAAAUCCGUUCUACAGAGAGAGCACGCAAGGCCUUUUCUACCUGUUCUUCUCACCUGAUUGUUGUCAGCUUAUUCUAUGGGACGAUCUUCUACAUGUAUUUACGGCCCAGCUCCACGUAUGCAUUGGAACAAGACAAAGUGGCAUCUUUAUUCUACACAGUGGUAAUUCCCAUGUUGAAUCCCGUCAUCUACAGCCUGAGGAACAAAGAAGUGAGGGAGGCAUUUUGGAGAAAGUUUAGGAAGACAGAGUAA